AUGAAGACCCCUGCUUCGGCUAAUGCUGAUUACGGGGACUUCAACUUCGCACCGUUAAUGAACACAUCCGGAAACCCCAAAUGGGAAAUCCAAGCAGCUUGGGAUAUGCCGGACACUAGGCAUCCCCACAUGAAGGUCCUCAUGUAUAGCAGCAGCAGCAGCAGCAUCAUCACAACCGAACCCCACCAUCUCCUCCACGAAGAACUACUCCUCGUCAUAAUCGAUGUGAUGCUCGGACGGCUCAACACACAGUCACUCCGUCCGCAUAUUGUCGCGCCUGUCAUACUUUUCAGCGUAACGACAUUCGCGUCCUAG